CUUUAUAAAUAGGUUGUCUUAGACAAUAAACAAUUAUAGUAACUCUUAAGAUUUAAGAAAACAACUACUAGCAUUUAGGAGCAAGGAAGUACUAUUUAUACUAGUAAAUUAAAUGGCAGGCAUCUCAGCUUUUUCUGCUGUGGCCAAAAGGUUGGAAGGCAAGGUUGCCCUAAUCACAGGAGCUGCUAGUGGAAUUGGUGAAUACACUGCCAAAAUUUUCACACAAAAUGGUGCAAAAGUCAUGAUUGCUGACAUCCAAGAUGAUUCGGGCCAAGAAAUUUGCAAAGAAUUGGGCCCAUUAGUAGCCUCAUACAUUCAUUGCAAUGUCACAAAUGAAGCCCACGUAAAAAACGCAGUUGAUUCAACAGUGGCCCAAUACGGAAAACUCGACAUCAUGUUCAAUAAUGCUGGCAUAGCAGCUUGCUAUCCCAAGCCCAUCCUUGAUAACACACAGUCAGAGUUUGAAGAUGUCAUUAAGGUUAAUCUUGUUGGGCCAUUUUUGGGUAUAAAGCAUGCGGCCCGAGUAAUGAUCCCGGCCCAAAAAGGUAGUAUUAUAACAAGAGCUAGUACUUGCUCCACCAUAGGAGGAGCGGCCAAGCAUGGCGUGGUGGGGCUCACAAGAAACACGUCGGUAGAGCUUGGAAAGUAUGGGAUUAGGGUGAAUUGUGUCUCGCCACAUGCAGUUGCGACUUCUAUGACUAAGACUAUCUUAAAUCUAGAUGAUGAUAAUAUAGCUAAGGUAUACUCUAAUCUUAAGGGUACUUGUUGUAAAAAGGAGGAUAUUGCGAAUGCGGCUUUAUUUCUUGCUAGUGAUGAAUCAAAAUAUGUUAGUGGUCAUAAUCUUUUUGUAGAUGGAGGAUUUACUAUUAUGAAUUCAGGAUUUUGUAUGUUUGAAUAAUCAAGUAAUGAUUGUUAUGGACUUAUGGCUGAUAAUAAUAAUAAAGAUGCUUCAUUUGAUAA